AUGUUGGUUCAGGAUCGCGCGGCGGCGCCGUCGUCGACUCUCAAGCCGCCGAAAUCUCAGAUCAGAGAACUCCCUACUCACCAGCAGAUCCGACGAUUCAGUGAACCCAAAAACCUAGAUUUCUCGUCUUGGUUCUCCGAGAACGUCUCCAGAAUCGGUCUCUUCUUCCUCUUCAUCGUCACGUUAGCAGCUCUCUUCUUCCUCUACAACACCGCCGACACUGCCUCCCUCCUUUGUUUCCAGUCUCAGUCAACUCAAUCGCUUCAAUCUCUCACCCGCCCCCAAAUCAAGUGGAAUUCGAUCCAGGUCGUCCCUGACAAAACCUCCCCGUACGCCAAUUUCCUCACGGAGAAAUGGAUCGUAGUGUCGGUGACCAAGUACCCAACCGAGGAGCUCAAGAGCUUGGUGAAGAUCCGAGGAUGGCAGGUUCUCGCGAUCGGAAACUCAAUCACCCCGAAGGAUUGGACUCUCAAAGGCUCAAUCUUUCUCUCUCUCGACGCUCAAGCCGAAUUGGGUUACCGAGUUUUAGACCACUUGCCUUACGACUCCUUCGUGCGGAAAACCGUCGGUUACUUGUUCGCGAUCCAGCACGGCGCGAAGAAGAUCUACGACGCGGACGAUCGCGGCCAAGUGAUCGACGGAGAUCUCGGGAAACAUUUCGAUGUGGAGUUAGUUGGGGAAGACGCUAAGCAAGAGCCGAUUUUGCAGUACAGUCACGAGAACCCAAACCGGACUGUGGUGAAUCCUUACAUCCAUUUCGGUCAACGUUCGGUUUGGCCUAGAGGCUUGCCGUUAGAGAACGUCGGCGAGAUCAAUCACGAGGAGUAUUACACCGAGGUCUUCGGUGGUAAGCAGUUUAUACAGCAAGGGAUCUCGAACGGUUUACCGGACGUUGAUUCGGUGUUCUACUUCACGAGGAAGACGACUUUCGAAGCGUUUGAUGUUAGGUUCGACGAGCAUUCUCCUAAAGUGGCGUUGCCUCAGGGCGUGAUGGUUCCGGUUAACUCGUUCAACACGCUUUACCACUCGCCGGCGUUUUGGGGGUUGAUGCUUCCGGUUUCGGUUAGCUCCAUGGCUUCUGAUGUGAUUAGAGGUUACUGGGGGCAGAGGCUGUUGUGGGAGCUUGGUGGUUGCGUUGCGGUUUAUCCACCCACGGCUCACCGGUUUGAUAGGAUUGAGGCUUACCCUUUUGCAGAGGAGAAGGAUCUUCAUGUCAACGUUGGUCGUUUGAUUAAGUUCUUGCUUGCUUGGAGAUCGGAGAAGCAUAGUUUCUUUGAGACGGUUGUUGAUUUGAGCUUUGCUAUGGCUGAAGAAGGGUUUUGGAGUGAGCAGGAUGUGAAGUUCACAGCUUCUUGGCUUCAGGAUUUGAUUGCUGUUGGUUACCAGCAGCCGAGAUUGAUGUCUCUGGAGUUGGACCGGCCGAGAGCAAAUAUUGGUCAUGGAGAUAGGAAGGAGUUUGUUCCUAGGAAGUUGCCUUCGGUGCAUCUUGGAGUUGAGGAGACUGGGACUGUGAGUACUGAGAUAGGGAGCUUGAUUAGGUGGAGGAAGGCGUUUGGGAACGUUGUGCUUGUUAUGUUUUGUAAUGGUCCCGUUGAACGGACUGCACUCGAGUGGAGGUUGCUUUAUGGACGGAUAUUCAAAACCGUCGUGAUAUUGUCUUCUCGGAAGAACUCUGAUCUCUAUGUUGAAGAAGCCAAGAUAGAUCACAUUUACAAGCAUUUACCGAAGAUAUUCGACCGGUACAGCAGCGCCGAAGGAUUCUUGUUUGUUGAGGAUGAUACAAUUCUCAACUACUGGAAUCUACUUCAAGCGGACAAGACUAAGAUUUGGACAACAGACAAGGUGUCAAAGUCAUGGACAAAUGUGAAAGCGAGUGGGAAGUCUGAUUGGUUUUCUUCACAAGCAGAGUUAGUGAAGAAGACUGUGAGCACCAUGCCGGCUCAUUUCCAAGUUAACUACAAGGAAGCAGCCAAGAACAAUCAUGACGCUUUAACGGUUUGUAGUUCAGAGGUAUUCUACGUGCCUAAGCGUCUAGUCACUGACUUUGUUGAUCUUGUUGAUCUCGUUGGCGAUAUGGACUUGCAUUACAAAGUCGCAAUGCCAAUGUUCUUCCUUUCGAUGGAUUCGCCUCAGAAUUUUGACCCGGUUCUUGGUUCCAUGGUUUAUAAGAAGAAAUCGUCUUCGUUUAACUCUUCUUCUAGUCUGUACUCUGCGCAAGCGCCUGCGGUUCAUCCUUGGAGUAUAUCGAGCGAGCAAGAUUUCAUCAGACUGGUUCGGCAAAUGGCUGAAGGUGACCCACUUCUGAUGGAAUUGGUGUAA